UGUCUAACCACAACUCGGCUUCGCCCUGUCGCUGGACGACCUUUCAGAGACGGAUACAAAAUGCCCAAGGUGUGUGUCCUGGGCUCUGGAAUCAUAGGUCUUGCGUCCGCAGAAUGUCUCGUCAAUGCUGGAUUCGACGUGGUGGUCGUUGCCAGAGAUUUGCCGGGUGAUGCAGGUGGUUUGUCUUGGGCCAGCCCAAGCGCUGGGGCAGUCAUAUAUCCGACACACUCACCAGAGGCAGAAAGCCAAACGUUCGAGAAGGAGACUUUUCAGCAUUUCUGGGCUCUGGCUCACCAGGACCCAACCGGUGGAGCUCAAGUGCUUCCUGUGACGGAAUUCUUUCAAGAGUAUCACGAAGACAUGCAAGCCUGGUACAUGAAAGUGAAUCCGCAUUACCGACAUCUCCGUGCAGACGAGUUACCCCAUGGGGUGAAGGUUGGAGUUACAGUCACAACCAUAGCUGUGAACCCAAUAAUAUACCUGCCAUACCUGCAAAGGAAGCUCGAGGAACAAGGAGCCACGUUUGUCCGUUUUGAAGCUCACAGCCUCGAACAUGUGCUUCGGAUGACAGGAGCUGAUGUCCUAGUCAACGCCACGGGAUUAGGGGCAAAGAAGCUCUGUAACGACGAUGCGGUUGUGCCUAUUCGUGGGCAAGCCAUGUUCUUGCGCAACCGACCUGGGUGGAACCAGAUCCUGCUUCGGCAAGAUGCUGGAUAUACCUAUGUUAUACCUCGAUUAGGCUCUGGUGGUGUUUUGUUCGGCGGUAUCCGACAGGAAGGAAACGAAGGUGAAGCGGCGGAUCCGGCAUUACGAAAGGAUAUCCUCGAACGGGUGAAUCAUCUCUCGAGAGGUGCUUUCGCCGAUGUCAAUCUGGAGACCGAUGUGGAAGAUAUGGUCGGAUUUCGGCCCGGGAGGAAGGGCGGGUAUCGAUUGGAGAUUGAGGGCUCCAAUCUGAUACAUGCUUACGGGUUCGAUGGUGUUGGCUAUGUUUGCUCGUUCGGUGCAGGGAGACGGGUGCAAGAAAUGGUGAAACAGUUGACGGAUCUGAGGUCUAAGCUAUAACAAGUACGAAAAGCCCAUAUGUGAUGUCUAGUAUGCAGAGAACUUUUCGGACUACGCUAUCUCCCAGUAG